AUGCUACGAUCAUCAGAGUUAAACGGGUUCAAGAUCCCUGGCACAGAAAAGAAACUCAUCUCCAGACUGUUCGCAGACGAUACUACAGUCUUCCUGUCUGAGUUCGAUAACUUCGAAGAUCUGCAACAAAUCCUCCAUAAGUGGUGCAUAGCAUCAAAAGCGAAAUUCAACAUAGAAAAAACGGAAAUCCUACCGAUCGGCACCCCGGACUAUCGUGAAGCCUUCGUUGCGAGAAGGAAAACCAAGGGCUGCGUAAGACCUAUAGCCGACAACAUCCACAUAGUGGAAGAAGGUGAAAGCAUUCGCCUUCUAGGAGCGUGGUACGGUAAUGGUUUCGAGAUAGAGGGCCCAUGGAAACCAGUCAUAGACAAGAUUGACACGAACCUUGAAAGAUGGGAACGGUCCCACCCAACAAUUCUAGGAAGACGGCUGAUAGUCAUGCUCACGGCAGGUAGUAUGACGCAAUACUUAACCGCAGUCCAAGGGAUGCCACGGCACAUCGAAGACCGGAUUGCCCGGAGAAUCGCAAAGUUCAUG